AUGGAGGUCGCCCGUACCUCCUUGAUCCAUGCGGCUGCCCCCCACUUUCUGUGGCCGUUUGCGGUCUGGUACGCUGCGCAUCAGCUCAACAUCUGGCCCCGUGUCUCCUUGCCGGAGACCUCGCCCACGCUGCUGUGGACGGGGGAGGUUGGCGAUGCGUCGCGUUUCCGGGUCGGGGGGUCUCGAGCUUUUGUCCGCGAUUCGUCUGCGAACAAGCUCUCCUCCCGUGCUGUUCCCUGCGUCUUCCUCGGCUUUGUCCCGGACGCGUCUGGUUGGCAGUUUUACCAUGCCACCUCGCGCCGAGUCUUGCCCUCCCAGGACGUCACUUUUGACGAGUCUGUCCCCUACUACCGCCUCUUCCCCUACCGCACUGCCCCGCUCCCCCCCCCGCCUCUCUUCCUCGCGCCAGGUGCUGCUGUUGCAGACCCCCUCCCCCCUCAGGGUGCCGCUCCCUCAGGUGUGUCUCAGGUAGACCCGGUUGAGCUUGUUGAGGUAGCGGUCGACUCUCGUCCUGCUGGGGGUGCUGAGCCUGGGGGUGCUGAGCCUGGGGGUGUGGAGCCUGGGGGUGUGGAGCCUGGGGGUGUGGAGCCUGGGGGUGUGGAGCUUGAGGGUGCUGAGCUUGGGGGUGUGGAGCCUCGUGGUGCUGAGCUGCGGAGUGCGGAGUCUGGGGGUUCUGAGUCUGGAGGUACUAGGCCUGGGAGUCCUGCACCUGGAGAAGCCCUCUCCUCGGAGCAGCUGCGUGCGUGGUACUUAGAGUACUGCAGCCUCCGGAGAGGUACCGCUCGAGCCGGACGUACUACUGGGACUGGUGCUAGUGCUUCUUCUCCCGUUCGGGAGCUCCCCUCCCGUGAGCGGAUCCGUGAGUGGUACGAGCGGCGCUGCACUCUUCGGAGUGGCGUGCCUCGUGUUACGGACCCCGCUGCUGUUGGAGCUGCUGCUGGUGCUGAGGACCCGGGCGUUGGAGCUGCUGCUGGUGCUGAGGACCCGGGCGUUGGAGCUGCUGCUGGUGCUGAGGACCCGGGCGUUGGAGCUGCUGCUGGUGCUGAGGACCCGGGCGUUGGAGCUGCUGCUGGUGCUGAGGACCCAGGCGUUGGAGCUGCCGCUGGUGCUGAGGACGUGGGCGCUGGAGCUGCUGCUGGUGCUACGGACCCUGGUGCGGGUGUCCCUGCUGGCUCUGGUGUCGCUGCUCGGUCUCGGCCGUACUUUGUUCCGCUCCUUCAGCAGGUUCUUGGUCAGCUUCCUCCUCCUUUUCCUCCUCCCUCCUUAGCGUGUCCUCCGCCUGUCCAGCUGCAGUCGGCGUUACCGUCUGCCUCCUCUCUCCCUCGUCCUGCUCCUUACACUGGUUCGACUGGAGGUCUUACUGAGCGGCGUGAGCCUGCGUCUCGUCCUGCGUCGCCUGAGUCUCGUCCGCAGUCGCCUGUCUGCACUGCUCUCUCUAGUAGUCGAGUCCAGCGUCAGCGUCUUCCUGCUGUCCCAGGCACUCACCGGAUGGCGCUUCGUCUGUCCACUGCUCCACAGCGUGUCCCACUGCCGUCUCCUCCUGCUUCCUCUCUUCCUCCUCUUGCUGACCCUGGGUCAGACUCUCUUCGUGCUACCAGUCCUACUGUCACGCGUCUCCUGGCUACUGUUGUCACUGACCCUUCCUUUGAGUCUGCUGCUGCGUCUGCCUUAGUUGCUGAGCUUGUCGACUUUGCUGCUCGCUGUCGUCUACACUACGCUGCUAGCCUACUUGCUGAGUCUGAGUCUGUCUGUCCUCCGUCCGUCGGGGGUGAGUGUGCUCUUUGCACGGACGUCCUUGAGGACAGGCAGGAGGAGUUUGAGUGCUUUGCUGCCGCUUUGCCCCAUAUCGUGUCCAUGCUUGUUGCCCCUGAGGGAGACCCGGAUGCUCCAGACAUCCCGACCCCACGCUCUUACGCAGAGGCGAUGGCCGGUCCCUACUCCUCUCAGUGGCAGUCAGCCAUGGACACAGAGAUGGCUUCCUGGAAGUCCACAGGCACCUACGUCGAUGAGGUUCCCCCACCUGGGGCGAACAUCGUCAGUGGCAUGUGGAUUUUCACGGUGAAGCGGCCACCGGGCUCUCCGCCUGUCUUCAAGGCGCGUUACGUUGCACGAGGCUUCAGUCAGCGAGAGGCGCCUCGUGAGUGGCACGACACACUGAGGACUACGCUUGCGGCUCUUGGGUUCGCGCCUUCUACUGCUGACCCGUCGCUGUUUCUACACACCGACACCUCACUGCCGCCGUUCUACGUCCUUGUGUACAUCGACGACUUGGUCUUUGCUACUGCUGACACUGUGGCACUCGCCCACGUGAAGUCGGAGCUGCAGAAGAGACACACGUGCACAGACCUGGGUGAACUGACAAGCUAUCUUGGCUUGCGGAUCACCCGGAACAGAGCACGCCGCACCAUCACCUUGACUCAAUCACACAUGGUGCAGCAGGUCCUUCAGCGCUUCCGCUUCACGUACUCCUCGCCUCAGCCCACUCCUCUGCCUACCGGUCACUCGCUCUCAGCUCUGCCUUCGGAUGAGUCCGUAGAGCCGAGUGGCCCGUAUCCAGAGCUUGUGGGUUGCCUCAUGUACCUGAUGACCUGCACUCGACCAGACCUUGCAUACCCUCUCAGCAUUCUUGCAUGCUAUGUCGCUCCUGGCCGUCACCGGAAGGAGCACAUGGAUGCAGCUAAGAGGGUGUUGCGCUACUUGUGCAGUACGUCGGGCAUGGGGCUAGUGCUUGGAGGGCGAGUCCCAGUUGUUCUCACUGGGCACUCAGACGCUUCUUGGGCAGACGACCAGGCUACUCAGCGCUCCAGUUGUGAGGCUGAGAUCUACGCCACAGCCAUGGCGGCCCAGGAGCUACGCUGGCUCACCUACUUGCUGACCGACCUUGGAGAGCAGCCUCGUUCUCCUCCAGUGCUGUACGUCGACAACAAGGCAGCCAUUGCCUUGUGUGAGGAGCACAGAACGAAGCACAUUGCUCUGCGUUACUUCCUUGCUUGA